AUGGCAUUCAGAAGUAUCAGCCGGCCGUCGUUGCAUAUACGAGCCAUCGUCGCACUUCUCCUCUUCGCAACACUCUCCACCCUCGCCUGCGCGCGACAGCACAGACGACUCCUCAAAUGGCGCAAGCGCACGGACGAUGACCUGCUGAUGCGCGGCGCGAUGCCGGAAGGAAUCGCGCAUGUCGUCGACACGAGCAGCAGUGAACCCGUCACCUCAUCAUCCGCUGCCGUAAACUCCGCGGCUCCUUCCGCCUCCGCCGCUUCUUCCGCGUCCGCCGUUACUUCCGCCCCCGCCCCUUCACCCGAGGCGGUGAGCCAGAUGAUCGCCUCAGCGCUCCCCGCACCUUCCUCCUCCGCCUCCAUCUUUCCGCCCCGCGGCUCCCCCGCUUUCCACAACAUCGACCCGCAUUGGGAUGAUCCCGAGGUUUCCAAAGUGUGCAACCCCCUUCCAAAGUAUUGCGGGGUUAUGUACAAGCCCAUCUCAGUGUACCUUAUAUGGUACGGCAAGUUCACAGACGCGCAGAAGCAGAUCAUCCGCACGUUUAUCGAGUCACUCAAUAACAGCAACGACACCGACGCUACAGUCAUUAACUGGUGGAACGUGAACCGUCUAUACUACGACGCGAUGGGCAACCAUAUCUCCGCAUUUGUGACUCUAAAGGGAGAGAUCGACGACGCGGAUUACUCCAAGGGCCGCACUCUUCUGAGCACCGACGUGGCGAAACUCGUCUCGUCCGCGGUUACCAGCAAGCAGUUCGCGAACGACCCGAACGGCGUGUAUUUCGUCAUGGGAGACGAGACCGUCGCGCAAGAAGACGAUACCGCUCCGGAGAAAUCCGCGUUCUGCAGGAAUUACUGCGGAUGGCACUUCUACACGCGCGACGCUCUUGAACUCCCCAUUGCGUUCGUCGGCAACGCCGCCACCAGGUGUCCCAAGCGCUGCAUUCCUCCCCAUCUCAACCGCCGCGGAGCAGUGGCCCCGAAUGGCGACGCGGGGAUGGACGGGAUGGUGUCGGUGUUGGCGCAUGAACUCGCAGAGGCCACCAGCAGCCCCUUCCUCGCCACGUGGUUCGACGACCAGGGUGAGGAGAACGCCGACAUCUGCUCGCACGAGUACGGGGACGUCAAGAAGGAUGCGGUUACCGGCGUGGUGUAUAAUCUUGUCGGCGCGCGCGGGUCGAGGUUUUUAGUGCAAGCGAAUCUGGACCCUGUAAGAGGGGCAUGCUCGAUUGAGGCGGACGGGCCUGGAGCUGAUGUUUUGACGAGUCAACCGGGGUGGUUCUGA